AGAAAACCUUUGCCAAAUGAUCAUGACCAAAGGCCGCUUAUUGAGCCGGGCUGCAGUAAGGGAUGGAAAAGACAUGGCUAUUACUGCUACUUCAUAGGGGAAACAGCAUCCACGUUUCCAGAAGCCAACACUACUUGCAAUACCAAUGCAGCUUAUUUGAUGACCAUUGAAGACAGAUUUGAACAGGCUUAUCUAACAAGUCUGAUCGGGCUUAGACCAGAGAAAUAUUUCUGGACGGGACUCUCCGACAUGGAAGAAAGGGGGACUUUUAAAUGGACCAACAAUGAGAGGGUUUUAUACAGUCACUGGAAUGCUGAAAUGCCUGGGAGAAAACAAGGUUGUGUUGUGAUGAGAACUGGAAACAAAGGUGGAUUGUGGGAUGUCAUUAAAUGUGAUGAGAAGGCUAAGUUUGUCUGCAAGAAGUGG